UAUAACAGCUAAUCGGCGUGUACCCUUAAUAUGGGUUAUCCUUCCUCUUAAGCGCAGGUACAAAUAUAAAUAAGCGAUAACAGGUGCAAAAGGAGUCAAACUAUUAUGGAAAUGGUUAUGAUUUCAUAUUUUUGACGGACGAAAUGCCACACGAAAUCGACGUGAUUUACGCAACUCUGUUCUGUACAUUUCUGGUUACUGUUACUGGCGUGGUGCCCAGCUGCAAUGAGAUUUCAAACAGCACAAUACAAGUUGCCCGGAUGUGUCACAACAGCGUCGUGGUCGGUACGAAGGUCUAUAUCGAGGCCGACGACGCCGGCAACACCACUCUGUCGUCGGGAGUUUCGUGCACGUGCACUGUGACCACGCAGGUCGGCAAACAGAUGGAGGUCAAGUUGAAGUUCAAUGGAACCUCAAACCAAAUAUGCGGCACCACCAUAGAGUUCACAGGUCUGGGCCUAAGUGACGGGCCUGAAUCACACUCUUGUAAUGACACAACUUUCAUCGUAAACACGCACAAAAACAGCACCAUGAACUUGGAACUACGGAAAACACAGGCACCACACCUGUCUGCCUACUGCAUAUCGUUAGAGUUGCACUACUGUAGGGAAUAUGAAUUCCAGUGCAACAGUGGAGAAUGUAUACCGUUUAAUGACACGUGUGAUGUCAAUCCGGAUUGUCGAGAUCAUUCCGACGAGAACUGUACUAACGGAAUUGUUCAUUGUAUCGAGGGACUGAUUCCAUGCCCGAGUGGAAAGGGCUGUAUGGGAUCUGCGGGUAGAUGCAACAAUCAAACCGAUUGCUGGGAUGAAUCUGACGAAGUAAACUGUACUUCAGCGGUUGGUGUGAAGAAUGCUGAAGAACCCGGUCAACAUGAGCAGUCGACUCCUCUCAUCACAGUCACGUGCACUGAAAGCAAAUUUGAAGCUCAAACGACAACCGCCCCUACAACAACCACAAUCGGUGCGCCAACAACAGCACCUUCAACUACAACCGGUCCAACUGAAACGAUUACCGGCAACACGGACGCGUCAUUUUCUUCUCCAGACCAAACUCUGCUGGUGAUAUUUGCUGUCGUGGUGUGCAUAUGCGUGUCGGCACUCGUCGCGCUCUGUGCCUGUUCAAAGAAAAUUGAAGACAAAAAUAAGAAACGUGAUAAAAGCAAGGUGGACAAGUUUGGUCGACCGUUAUAGAUGAACGAAGCAAUACACGUUACUUAUCUUACAACCUCUUCUUAUACUAUACUUAAUAUUUAUUCUUCUUAGUCACGGCAACCCAAGUUUAACCUUCGACAUUGUCUCUCAAAAGUGUUACAGUUUUAAAGUAUAAGAUAACAAGUUAUAAAGACAGUCUGCAUACGAACUGACUACAAAGCCGAUGUUUCAAACGAUAAAGAGAGAAUAUUCUAAUCCUAUUACAAUCAUUACUGUCCACGAAUAGUCAACAUUAGCACAUAUUCCAUAUGACACGUACUAAACUGCAUAUUGUAUAUACUUUUUACCAAAUAUAUAUUAUGCAUAAUAUAAAUAGAUUAUUUGUGAUUUAGAAGUUUUUCAAACGCGGAUGUACAGUUUUAAUAUAAUAUGCUGCUAAUUUUAACUUUUUUAUAAUUGGGUUUGUGGGAUCAUUAAUUAUGUCAAGUGAAUUCGCAUUAAAAGUAAAAUAAACAUUUAAGUAGGAAUUUUAGUAGGAUUUUUGUGCAUUUAGGCAUGUGUAUAACACAAGUAUACCAUUUGCAAAAUGGUAUAAAACCAAAAACAAAUUCAAAAAGAUAAAAUAUUAUCCCUACUCGUGAUGUGAACCAUAGACCUUCGAGGAAUGCACCGAUUCGUAACCAACGGGUCAUCUAGUGAACGUACAUUAUACACAGUCGGACUAUGCAGCCUGAUUGCGAGAUUGCGAAGUAUAUAUCGUGUUAUCGUAUCGUGAUCCCGAGUUUUCGCAUCGUGCUGUCGUAUUCUCGUAUCGUGAUUUCUAUCCUCAGCAUCGUGUUCUCGCCCCACAGAGAUCGACAACGCGAAAUGAGCAGUCCUGACGAACACCGUAUGAAGGUGCCGUGGUGACACAUCUUUGUACGCUCAGCGAAGAAUUCCCUGAAACUAUGUACAAUCCAAGCGAACACGUGGAACAUAUGUAACUAUAAAUAAUCCAGAGCGUCGUGUGGUGCCUUAAAGCAAAGAAGACUAGUUAUGGCAAAAUUACCAAAUAAAAAGUACGACACGUUUGAUAGCCAAUGCUGAUUCAACAGUACCAUGGGUCUUUGAAAUAAAACCUUUACUAGCAAUACAUGUACCUAAUGUGUGAUGGCAUUACUAUUAUGAGUGAAACACCCACAUCAUAUAGUUGUAUUAUUAAUUCACUGUUACCGGUAUAUCGUUUUUGCUUAGGGUCGGGCGUAUCCAAUGUCUGCACUUGUUUAUGCAGCUUGGUUGCUAUUGCGCUUGUAUUAAAUUUACGUUGUGCUUGGCCAUGUGA